AUGGCAAGAUCAGGUCAUUCCACUCAGUUGACUUCUGGAAGACAUAGGGCACAUCAACCACAGACACAGAAGCUCAUGGAAAACAAAAUUUUGGUGUUGAAGAACUACCUUCCUGAGUGGACUUUGGCAAAAAGGAAUGAGAAGCAGGCAGUUUUCACUGCCAUAGCUAGGGCUGCCAGGUUAUUUGCUCCUAAGGUUGACCAAGCACAAUGGAAGAAGAGGAAGCAGAUAUACAAGACUUGGUUGUUCAACAACAGGAAAAAGAAGGAAAGGAAGGACAUGAUAAAGUAUGGGAGGAAAUGGACACCUAGGAUGGUGAUCUACCAGUGGAACCAGGAAGAGGUGCUAAAGAGGAUCAAGGACAAGUCUGGAGCAAAGCCAGGAGGUCCCAGUAUGUUCAAGCAUUAUCAGGCAGCUGUGAAGAGAGUCAUGGCUGAAUUGUCCAACAAUAAGUUGGAGAAGGUGAAGGAAACAGCCAAAGAAUGGUCCAACAACUUUCCUCCUCCCAAGAUACAGGUACAAGUCGCUCAUAAGAAGGGACCUGCAUAUAUGGAGCACUUUUUGAAGGAGAUGUGGAGGCAAUGCAGGAUGAGAGUGUUUGUGAUGUUGGCUUGGAAGAAUGAACAGGGAGAGGUGCUGUUCGGGAUGCACAAUGAUAACAAGGUAUUAGGAGAUGGGGACAGCUUCAUGAAGAUGAAGGACUGGAAGGAUAUUGAGCCAGUUUGGCAGGAGUACACACAGGAACAGUUCAGUGCCGGGGCACAGAAUGGAGGACAACAGAUAAAGGAAGACAUCACCAACACAAAACUUGAGGAGAAGAAGGCCAUAGUGAGGGCAUUUCUUACAUCGCACCAUUGGAUCUGUUCUAGGAGCAACAAGGCAGUCAUGCCAUGGAGCACCAUCAUACAAAGUCAGGAUGACUUUGUGGCAAGGAAGUAUGUUCCUGUGGAUGUGGACUUGAAGGAGCCUUCCAAGUUGCAAAAUUGGGACACUACAGCCUUACUCAAUUUCUGGCAUGCUUGGCAGGAGAAAAGCGAAGGACCAACAUUCCUGUUCAAAGCAUGGAAGAACAAAGAUGGAGACAUGGUAGCAUUGCUUAUGUCUGGAAAUUCGCCUUCUCAUUGGACUCAUAAAAGCAAUCCCAGGAGUAAUCCCAAGAGUAACUCUCAUCACAUGGAGGAUGAUGCUGAUGAUGAUGCGGCUGAUGGUAGAUCCCCACAAAAGAGACCCAGAAGAGAGCCAGGUCCUUCAACAGCACAUGAAGGGACAGCAGUCCCAUGUGCAAUUCCAAAGCCUCGCCCAGUCAAGCCAGUGAACACUGGUGCACUGCUGACAUCACAAAUGGGCAACCUCCUGGCUGGGUUGACUGAUGGAGUCACUGGCAAUGUUGAGGAGGAUGUUGCAAUGUAA